AUGGACCCCAAACUCUUUGGUGGUAAACAUGCAGGCCUAGGCCUAGGCCGCCGCACCUAUUACCAAGGCUACGGCGACAAUGCCACCUCCAACACGCGUCUCAUCUACGGCAUCAUGGGCCUCAACACCGGCAUAUUCGUAUACGCCAUGUACCUCAAAGAGCAAGCCCGCCAAGGCCACCAAUUACCUCUCGUCAAAUUCCUACAAAACAUGUCUCUCUCGCCUGUUGGCGUCCUGAAAGAACAUCGUUAUUGGACCACCAUCACCAGCGUCUUCUCCCACGUCGAAAUUUUACACAUCGCGGGUAACAUGCUGAGCUUCUUCUACAUGGGCUCGAUGCUCGCCGCAACGCCGGGGUUUACGCCACUCAAGCUGGCGACGCUGAUUGUGGGGUCGGGCUUCGCGGGUAGCAUGGGAUGGCUGUACGUCGCGAUGAAGAAUCGGAAUUAUCAGUCGACGGCGCUGGGGUUCUCGGGGAGUGUGAUGGGUGUGGGGACUGUGGCGGCGUUCUUGUAUCCCAAGACUACGUUUGCGAUUUAUGGGAUUGUUCCGGUGCCGUUGUGGGCGUUGAUUGCUGGUUAUGCGAUUUUCGAUGGGUAUUAUCUAAAUGAUAGGAAUAGUAGAGUGGGGCAUGCGGGUCAUUUGGGUGGGUUGGCGUUUGGGGUUGUGUACUACUUUGCUAGGGUGAGGGGACUGAGGAUUUAG